AUGACGAAAAUCGCCCCACUAAACCAGUCCAUCACCAAUGCCGAGUCCCGACCUUCGCCGCCACCAAACCUCCCACCAUCAACAUCACUACCACCACCACCACCACCAACCAUCGCCAUGCUACCACGACUUCUCUUUACCACAAUGCGCGCCGCCUCCGCCGCCGGCCGCCACUGCCACCACUCCAUCCCCGUCGCCGCCUUCUCCUACCGCCACGCAUCCUCCUUCGGCGCCGCCCCCCGGCCGCCCAAGCUGCCCGCCAAGGAGCAGGCCGAGUUUGAACGCCUGCAGCGCGAGGCCGCCGUCUCCUCAGCCUUCCAGCCCGAAGCUGCCACCCCCGAGCCGACGACGCCAGCGGACACGGAGCUCAACGAGGGGGGCGGCCUGUACCGCGGCGCGCGGCCCGAGUUCGAAGGCGAGAAGAACCCGCGCACCGGCGAGGUCGGUGGGCCCAAGAACGAGCCGCUGCGCUGGGGCAGCGGCGGCGACUGGAGCUACAACGGCAAGGUGACCGAUUUUUAA